AUGAGCAAUGCGUAUAAACGUACCGAAAAUAUGCAGGAUAACAACACACCUAAGAGGGUUAGAAGAGAGUGUUCAUAUGGAGAUAAAUGCUACAGAUUGAACCCUGCACAUUUAAGAGAGUAUAGCCAUCCACAUUUGGAAUCAAUAUUGGACAACCACAAUGGGGAUGGUGAUUAUCCAAUACCGAAAGAUCUUCAACCGCAACGGCAGCUUAUUAUGGAGCAACUUCAAAUUAUUGUUGACAAGCAACUGUAUACACCGGUAGGAAAGACACAAUCACAAGAAAGCGAAGCAAAUAGUACAGAGAAAGAUAGUGGUAUAAAAAGGAAAAUGGGAUCAAGCAAAGAUUUAACGCAGAGCAGCUCAAGUAGCUCAACGAUUGAAGACAGACUGUGUGUACCACAGAAACAGGUGGAUAGCAUCUCUGACGGACAUUCAUGUAGCAAUCCAGAGACUAAAACAAGAGAAACAAUAGAUGAAGAGAGUUUGAAAGGGAAACAGCGAGAGAAGAGUAAGUCUCCGGAUAAACAGAUUCAAAAUAAAGACACCGACUACUGCCCCAUCAUUCCGCCGACCCGCCGCGCGGAGCAGUUCCUGAAGGUGGUGCUGCCAUCUGGCAGGAUGGCGGCAAAGCACGCCGCCAGCGCCCCCUAUCACAUAUUCUAUACGACCAUCACGGACAGUAGGGAGACGCACGCGCAGCCAAAUUCCAUCACGUUUUUAGAAAUACUGGACAGCAGUCUCGGCGAACUGAAAUGCUCGCUGCAGAUAAACUUCAUGGUGGAUCCCGGCUGGUUGCUCGCCCAGUACUAUUUCGCCGGAUACAGCGGCAAGAAGUUGACGAUACUCUACGGCGACGAAUGCGCCGAUAUGGUCAACCUUAGCAAGAAGAAGCCAAACGUAGACGCGCGUUACGUGUCUAUGGCCACACCAUUCGGGAAGCAUCACACGAAAAUGAUGCUUCUCUGCUACGAAGAUGGAUCUCUGAGGGUGGUUAUUUCCACGGCCAACCUCUACAUCGACGACUGGGAGAAUAGGACGCAGGGGUUGUGGUUCAGCCCCCGCUGCGCCCCCCUGCCAGAAGGUUCGAUGCCCCACGAUGGGGAAUCGCCCACCAUGUUCAAGCGCUCGCUGCUCCGGUACCUCCACCACUACCAGAUGCCGCAUCUCGCCUACUACGUGGACUCGGUGAAGAGAUGCGACUUCGCUCAUAUCAACGUGUUCCUGGUGGCGUCAGCCCCGGGCUCCCACUUCGACGCUCAGUGGGGCAUGACCCGAGUGGGGUCAUUGCUGAGGCAGCACUGCUGCGUCCCACCACAGGAGAACUCCAAGUGGCCGCUGGUGGCGCAGGCCAGCAGCUUGGGCAGCUACGGGAAGGAGCCCAAGCUGUGGCUGACGGGUGAUUUCCUCCACAACUUCACCAAGAUAAAGGACCAGCCUCAGAUGCUGUCGACGCCCGCUGAGCUGAAGCUGAUAUAUCCUUCUUUGGAGAAUGUGAAGAUGUCCCACGAUGACCUUCUAGGCGGCGGCUGUCUCCCCUACUCCGCCGAAGUGCACUCUAGGCAGACGUGGCUGAACGAUUACCUUUACCAGUGGCGCGCCGCGUCCACCAGCCGGGACCGCGCGAUGCCGCACAUAAAGAGCUACACUCGCCUCUCGCCCGACUCCGCCCGCGCCGCCUUCUUCCUGCUGACGUCGGCCAACGUGAGCAAGGCGGCCUGGGGCACCCAGAACAAGGGCAAUGGGGCGCUGAGGCUCAUGAGCUACGAGGCGGGAGUACUGCUGCUGCCGAGGUUCAUUAUAAACGAAGACUACUUCCCGCUGGAUCCCAAGAACCCCAAUCGACUAGUUCUGCCCUACGACGUGCCACCCACGAAAUACACGGCUGGCAUGUCGCCCUGGGUCUCCGAUUAUUUGAUG